UGCUGUAGUGCAAUGAUGUCAUCUGCUGGCCGUGCCGCGCAAUAGCGCCACAACAUAUGUAAUUUCACUGGACAUUACGUCAUUAUGGACACAAAUGUGCAAAAGAGACGUGAAAAGAAGUCAUUGCGUGUGAAGGUUAUCAGCUUGGGCAACGCUGAAGUCGGAAAGAGUUGUAUCAUUAAACGCUAUUGCGAGAAGAGGUUUGUUCCCAAAUACCUGGCCACAAUUGGAAUUGACUAUGGGGUCACCAAGGUUCAAGUCCGUGACCGUGAAAUUAAAGUGAACAUCUUUGAUAUGGCAGGGCAUCCUUUUUUCUAUGAGGUGCGUAAUGAGUUUUACAAAGACUCCCAGGGGGUCAUCCUGGUGUAUGACGUGGGGCUGAGGGAGAGCUUCGAUGCCCUAGACAGCUGGCUGACCGAGAUGAAGCAGGAGAUGGGCUCCCAGGCUAACAUGGAGAGCAUCGUCUUUGUUGUCUGUGGCAACAAGGUGGACCUGACCAAGAGGAGAGUGGUGGACGAGAGUGAGGGCAGGCUGUGGGCUGAGAGUCGAGGCUUUCACUACUUUGAGACCUCUGCACAGAGUGGCGAGGGCAUCAGUGAAAUGUUUCAGGCCUUCUUCUCGUCUAUAACGGACAUGUGUGAAAACGGAGGGAAGAGGCCAACACCAGAGGUCAACGCAGGUUUCACCAAGGAGCAGGCGGACACCAUCCGCCGCAUCCGCAACAGCAAAGACAGCUGGGAUAUGCUGGGGGUGAAGCCAGGGGCCACACGGGAAGAGGUGAACAAAGCCUACAGGAAGCUGGCUGUUCUUCUCCAUCCAGACAAAUGUGUGGCACCGGGCAGCGAAGACGCUUUCAAGGCUGUGGUGAACGCUCGCACCUCACUCCUCAAAAACAUCAAGUAGGGUUGCAGAAACGUGUUCCACUUGUACUCCCAUCUGAAUACUCUUCAGAAUUACUGUCUAGGAGGGAGGGUGUUGGGGAUGGGUCUACCAUUCUUUUAUCCACCACGACAGAAAAUCACCAUGGAUGUGCCACCAUACCUUUCAUAUCUCAAGGGUUCACUGUUGUGUUAUUUAAGUUCAUAUUUAAUUAAAAUAUAGCUAUUAUGCCUAUUGAUUUGUUAAAAUCAAGCUGGGGCUGCUGUUCUGACUUGUCAAUCAUUCUGCUAAGACUGGUAUUAUUACAUUCUACAACAGAGGUUUUCAGCCAGUGGUCUGCAGAUCACCUGAGUCACUAUUUUAUAUAGAGUAGUGGUCCCCAUUUUGCUUUCUUAGUCAGUAUGGUGGCCCUGGGGUCACAAUCAGUUGAAAACCCCUGCUCUACACGAUUGGGCCUUUGGGAGAGAAAGGUAAAAUAGGAAGUGAUGCAUACCGUAAUACAGUUGGAGCAAACAGGUAUCUGUUGUGUUGGUCAGCUCUGUGGAGGUUCAUGAUUGAGCAGUUUAUUGUUGUGCUCAUUAAAAAAAGUGAAAUCUUUUUACAGGAAGCAUGCAAUCUGCAGUAUUCGUUUUUCUAACUGAAUGAGCUGCCCCUCUAAUCAUGCUCUGAAUUGUUCACUCCACACAUUGAGUCAAGCAGUUGAGUUAUAUCUCAGUCUGAGAAAAUUGCAUCCUGGUACUUCAACAUCAGAAAGACUGGCCACUGCAUCAAGACAAAAUGUUUUGUUAACAAAAUUGACACUGGCUGAGUUUCUCGAUGGGAGUUCUCUGAGGGGUUUCUCACUACCAGUGUAUUACCCAAGGUGCGUGAGUGAUCUUGCAAGGUUGUGGGCUUGAAGACCACUAAUGGUGUUACCCUACCUGCAGUUUGUGUGUGAGCUUAAAGUAAUCCUUUCCUGGCGGCCCAAAGACCUUCAUGUCGACCCAUCCUAACACCUGAUUACCUCAACCACUCAGACAAAUACUGUGUAAUUAUUUCCUGCAUCCUAACCACCAACAAUGAUUUCCUCUUUUUUUUUGCUUGGUUAUUUUCUGUUUUGUGACCACAAGAUGGUGCUUGUGGUAGUCGGCAUUUUGUAUGUAAGUCGUUGUCAGUGUUUAUAUGUACAGCAAGUACUAUAAGGUUAUUUAAUUGAAAAUAUACAGUAUGCUUAUUUAUUGAAGAAAAAUAUAGCCUAUAUAUGGUGUGAAAUCUGUAUAAAUUGGUAUUGUGAUCUUGAACCACAAGUGAAUGAAAGACCUCUACACUUUUGCACGAAUUCUACACAGAUGUAUCAAAAUCUAUGUAGUUAGAAAGAUAUUCAUUUUAAAACUCUGAAAGACAGUCAUUAUAGAUGUUGACGUCAAAUCUGCACUUUCACUCCAGACCUUUAAAAAUUGAACUGAUAUCAUAGUAUUCUCCAAAUGAUAGAUUCCUCGGGAAAAAAAAAAAAACAGUGAGAGACGUUGCUGUGAAAGCAUAACCGUUUACAAUAACAUUUCCCUUAUUAACUUGGACAUGCCAGCUCACCAGCUACGAUUUGAAAUGACAUUUUAAGCCUUUGAAAUAGGUGGGCUGUAAUUUUGGCUGAAGUACAAGUUACCACAGAAUUUCAGGCUUCCUUUUUCUUUUUCCCAAGUUAGUAAAAUGUGGUGCCAACAAGGGAAUGUUUCCACAAUGUUUACAUUAAACUAUUUCUAAUCUUGGUACUGUUAAACAAUAUGUUUUAAGCAGAGAUUCAUUUUUGCAUACGAUAUGAAUGCACCAUAUCAUUUUGGUCAGAAUUUUCUGGUUAAAAUAGUGCCAAAUACUAGCCAAUGGAUGACUUUCAGUGGCACUUGUUUGUACAAUAAUCCAGUCGAAACACUACCAUGUAAUAUCUUUCUUUAUAAUAUUUGCAUCUUGUUUUAUUUUUCUGUUUUGUUGAAGCUUUGAGCACCAACAACAUUGAGUAGCUAUUUAUUUUGUUUAAUAUGAAUUACUUGGAAGUAUUUAUCUUUUUUGUAAGUUUUAUCCAUUUAUCUGAACUUUGGAAGAAGUUGCAUAUCUCGGUGUGUUCUAUUUAAAUUCUUUGGAAUGAAUGCGUAUGCUGUAAAUAUGAUCUAUUAAAUUUUAUGUUAUCAAAAGUU